UUUUGUUCGCCCCUGCAGCUUGUUGAGCUGUGGGAGGUGCUCAUUAGCGUGUGUGCAGGUGAGGCGCGGGGGAGGGGACAGCAGUCGCAAAUUGAGAGGACAGAGACAGCAGAUGGGAGCAGCACAAGUUUUGAGGACAUUACAAACAUUGGAUGGGAUAUUGCUUUGAUGAAGACGUCCGGACCCCACCCGCCGAUGGUAUCCCAUCUUGACGAGAUGGAGGAUGCUGCUGCAGAAGAUGGGAACAGGAUGGAGAUCCAUGACCCUUCCUCAGUCCCACCUGUCAGCAAGGUCAUGUCCCCAUCUGCCGCUGAGCCGUCUGCCCAUCGUUCCUCCCCUGUGAUGCCGUCAAUCCAACCUGCCAGCGAGGUCAUGGCCACAACCGCUACUCAGACAUUUGCCAUGCCGUUCAAAAGGAACAAGCCGGUGCCGAGCACUCGAUCCCUCGGCUGCAAGAACUGUGAGGUACUCUCUGCUGAGCUGAAGGCGGUGAGAGAGCUGCUGUCUGACCAAGUAGUCCGGAAUGCUGAACUUCAACAGUUGCGCUUACCAACCCGUCGAGAAACUGUUCAGGCUGCGAGGCCCAAGCCAUUUUCACGAUCGAAUGCGUCUCCAUACGUCAAACUGGUGGAGGAGUUCAAGGAGCACACGGAAGGAAGCAAUCCCAUUCAGAAAACGAGGUGGAAUGCCAGACGGCGAGCUAACCACGUCAUUUAUUUCCUGAGGUUUAUGUCAGAGCCAGCUCUUCCUCAUUUGAACCUUCUCUUUUUGAAGGACUACGGUCGGAUCAGGACAUUUACAGACCAUCUGUCUGACAAAAACUUCAAACCGGCGACCAUAAGAAGCUACCUACUAGAUGCUGUUGCAUUUGUAAAGUACAUUCUGAUGAUGGCGCCAGAAGGGGUGAAAAUAGGUGGAAGAAGCCUAAAUGCGCUGCUAGCGGAACUCCGGGCGAGGGUGAGGCAGGUGUCGAGAUCGGUGCUAGGGCGAAGGCUGGCUCAGGGCCGCGGGAUGUCCGGUGAAAUGACGAAAGAGACUGGUCAUGUAUGGUUUGUUCAAAACGCACCAGCAAAGAUUACUGCUGCACUCGACCCUUCGCCUCCACUUGCACCGACAGACCCACCGCGCCCUCUGACGGACCCACCGCACCCUCUGACAGACCCUCCGCGUCCUACGUCGGACCCUUCGCCUCCACUUGCACCGACGGACCCACCGCGCCCUCUGACGGACCCACCGCGUCCUCCGACGGACCACUCGGGAGCCCGAAGAACAACGUAGAGGACAAGGACAUGGAGGAGAUGCUAUUAGAGGAACCGGACACAGGAAGAGGAGGUAGAGGACCACCGCAUGGAGAUGGAGGAAGAAGAGUCAGGGAAGUUCUUCUCAACUCGUCGAACAAACCCGCCGUCCCUCGGCUGCAAGAACUGUACAGGGAUGGUUUUCCACCGAGGGACCCUUGGCUGCGCUUUCUUUCAGCAGCGUGACCCAGCCGUCCCUCGGCUUCGAGAACUGUGCAGGGAUGGUUUUCCACCGACGGACCCUUGGCCUCCACUUCCACCGACGGAUCCACCGCGUCCUCCGAACAG